AUGCUGAUUACACGCCCUGUUGUGUCCAGGCUAUUUCAGCAGACUGUGCGCCGCUACCAUGACAACCACUUCAAACCCCCCACCAUGGAUGAGCUGCCCGUCCCCCGUGGCUCGUGGCAGGCGCAACACGACGCCAACCAGCGCCGCUACAACACUGCACUGUUGCUAGGCGUUGUCUUUUCUGUUGGCACUCUUGUUGUUGCCAAGGCUUCAGGAUUAGUUUACCUUAACUACUAUCCACCCAAGUCCCUGGACUAA